GAUCCUCUGUCGACGAGCCAGAUCAAAGACUGGCGGUCCAUCAUCACGCUGAUAGUGUUUAUUCUCACAAACGUCAAUGUGCUGUGUCCAUUUCACAUCCCCAUCUACAUACCCCGGAAGAUAUCAGAUCUCUUUGAAGACAGUCUUGGAGCUCUAAGAAUUAUUCCUAAACGGCGGUAUCGCCCUCCUCCGCUUGCUGAAGACGACGACAAUGGCAAAAUCAAGCCAUGGGUACGGCUCAACUUCCCCAUGAACUUUGUUACGGCACCUCUCAUCGCAGACUUAUUUCUACUGGCCAUCUUAGCUAUUGGCCGUCAAGAAGUCCACGAUGGCAUCAUAGGCGCCGAUAACAUUUCACCAAUCGAUAUUAUGGCCUUCUUCCUCACCUUGGCCUACAUCGCCAUAUCGAUCGACGCAUCUGGCCUCAUCCGAUACUUGGCAUUCAAAGUGCUUCAAAAGGGUGGCAAAGUUGGGCAUCGACUCUUCUUCUACCUCUAUGCUUUUUUCUUUGGCUUGGGCAGUUUCAUUGGCAAUGAUCCCAUCAUUCUGUCAGGAACUGCCUUCUUGGCCUACAUGACUAGAGUCUCGAGCAACAUCAUUCAUCCGAGAGCAUGGAUUCACACUCAGUUUGCUAUUGCGAAUGUCGCAUCUGCCAUUUUGGUUUCUUCUAACCCGACGAAUCUUGUCCUUGCGGGAGCCUUCAACAUCAAAUUCAUCCACUAUACCGCCAACAUGAUUGUUCCUGUCGUCGUUACUGCCAUUGUUCUAUUCCCUUUUCUGCUAUACAUCGUCUUUGCAAAUGAGGACCUCAUUCCGUAUUCCAUCAAGAUGCACGAGCUUCCAGAAGAAGUCAAAGCCAAGAAACCUGUGAACCCCAACAUCCCCCAUGCAAGAGGCCAUGUUGACGAAGACGAGGCCGAUCUUGCAAACAACGAAGAAGGCAAGUUGCUGUCGCUUGAAGAAAUCAUGAAUCCAUUUCUUGACAAGGGCGGAGCCGCAUUUGGCGCUGUCAUUAUGGCUGCUACUUUGGUCACUGUCCUGGCAAUCAACGCUGCAAGUGCCAAAAGCGGCGCCCACCCCGUGUUUUGGGUCACUCUUCCGGCAGCCUUUGUCAUGUUCUGCUGGGAUAUUGGUUUUGGAUGGUACCACCGAAAGGAAACCCGAGACAUUGCGAGAAAGGGUAGAGAAGAAUUCGAAGAUGCACAAAUUGCACGAGCCGAGAGAAAAUUUCAACAAGCCGAAGAAGCAAGACAGACUUCCGCUGCCAGCCACGAAGUGCGAGGCGAGACUGGCUCUUCAUCUCCAAAGUUGGAAUCGAAAGACGCACAGCUCCAAGAAUCAGACGGUGGACACGCUCCGACUCCUGCGAUUCUCCUGGUCGAAAAUACUGAUGAUCGUGUCCUGGCAGCAAUGUCAUCGGCCCAUUUGGAACGCUCGAUAUCCCCACAUAAUGGCUAUACAGAGAAACAGGAGAAAGGAAACAUGACAAGUGAGGUCAACUCGCUCGAAGAAAAGAGCAUUCUAAACCAAACUGGCUCUGAUUCGCCCCCACAAGGUCUUUUUGUGCCCCAGUCGGAUGAAGAUUUAGAAAGAAGACGCCGAAACUCAAUGGCAUCUAUCCAUGGGCCGCACGGGCCAGCCACCCUGAUGUCGCUUGGCCAGGACACGCUCAGAUGGUGCCAAGAGACAUUUCCCACGGCUGCUGCCGUUGUUCUCCACCUCCCGUUCGCCUUGGUUCCGUUCGCCUUUUGCAUGUUUAUCCUUGUACAAGGGCUGGUAACAAAAGGCUGGGUGCCAGUCUUUGCCUAUGGGUGGGAGCACUGGGUAAAGAGAACUGGGACAGUCGGUGCUAUUGGGGGGAUGGGCUUCCUUUCUGUUAUUCUAUGCAACUUUGCAGGGACAAACAUUGGGACCACGAUACUGCUAUGCCGGAUCAUCCAGAAGUGGCAACAGAUCCAUGUAGUGAGUGGUGUCCCCAUUAGCGACAGAACGUUCUGGGCAACUGUGUACAGCAUGGCUCUCGGCGUCAACUACGGUGCGUUCAGUGCUGCGUUCAGCGCUUCGUUGGCUGGUCUGCUUUGGCGCGACAUCCUCGCCAGGAAGCAUAUUCGCGUAAGAAGUCUCGACUUUGCGCGCGUGAAUCUUCCCAUCAUUUCCAUUGCGAUGAUUGUCGGAUGUGUGGUUCUUGUGGGCGAAGUAUACAUCGUCAGGAAAGAAACGCCCUACAAAAUGUAGAUGCAUUUAUGAGAUAGAUUUCUUUUUGGGUUUACGAUUUACG